UGGCAGCUGCAGAAAACAGACUUACUGUACAUGGAGACUUUUCUCCGUGUUUAACCAACAUUAGAGACAAAGCUGAACAUUAUCCUCAGGGCUGAGGAAGGCGUUAGUGCACAGGAAGCAGGCUGACGUGUUUCCGCAGGCUCAGACCGGGGAAAGUUGUUUCCUGAAGUUGACACUGCGCCGAUAAUCUCCACACCAAAUCCUCCUCGGUGCUUUUUUUUUUUAUUAUUAUUUAUUUUAUAAAUAGAGCAAAAAAAUGACUCGGACAAGUUUGUCGGACUUUUUAUAGACGUCAGGUGAGCUCCGAUGUCUGGCGGGAAAAUGAGCUCCAGGAGUGAAGACGCAGACUCCAGCCUGCAGGCCCAGCUAGCCGACUACCGAGCUCAGGCCGAGCACUGGCAGGGCGUGGCGACGAUCUGCGAGCUGAGCAAACAGGAGGAACUGGCAGAGCUGCAAAAACAAUGUGAUCAAGAGAUCCAGUCUCUGCAGGAGGCUCUCAGAGAGACAGCAGCGCAGUAUGAAGCCAGAAUAGCUGUUCUUCAGUCUCAGCCUGUGGAGUGGAGGAGAGCGAGUGGACAGAACAUGAUCAGUGGAAGGCGAGCCAGGAUGGACGUAGAAGUCGGCAGUAAUGAAUCCCAAACGCAGAUCACCAACAGCCAGACGGAGGCCGAGGCGUCGCCGGACAGAAGGCACAACCAGUCGGCAGACCUGGAGGCGGCGGCGGCAGCAGAGGCAGACGGGACGCCGCUCACAGCUGAAGGGUAUUUUUCACUGCGAAACUGCGACUCGGCCUCGCUGUCGUCUUUCUCCUUAGACACGCCCUCCCUGCCCAGAAAGCUCCACGCUCAGGACGACACCGACUCGCUGGUCUCCACGGGAACUCUGGUGCCUGAAGCCAUCUACCUGCCGCCGGCUGGGCACCGGCUGGUCACGCACAGCGACUGGGACACACUCAACGCUCAGGUGUCUGAGCUGCAAGGGGAGGUGAGUCGGCUCGAGGCGGAGAAAGAGGAGCUGGAGAAAGAACUGGAUACACAAACCAAGCACACACACAAACAGGUAUCAAUGCUCCAGUGUCAGGUCCAGACUUCAGAGGCUCUCCUCCAGGAUUUGCAGAAAUCUUUUAGCCAAUCACAGAACGCAGUCCAGAGUCGGCUGGCAGAAUUAUCUUUUUCCCAGAGGAAGAUGUGCAGCGAGCUGUCCAGACUGAAAGGAGAGGAGGUGAAGGAUGAAGGACCAGAGUCCAGCUCAUCGUUCCCAGCGACGCUGCAGGGGGCGCACUGUGAGGAGCGACUGCGCAUUGAGAUUGUCAACCUGAGGGAGCAGCUGGGCAGCCGGUCAGAGGAAAACGAGGUGUUAGAAGUGCAGCUGUCCAGUCUGAAGACGGAGACGGAGAGGAUCCAGGCUCAGAAGGACCAGCUGCAGGCUGAACUGCUGGCCUGCUGCACUGAACUGGAAGCCCUGCGGGUGGCGCUCUCUCAUGUGCAGAUCAACAACAAGGCGCUCAGUAAUGACAAAGCCUCUCUGCACCAACAGUGUCUGGAGCUGCGAAGUCAAGUGAUCAGUCUGCGCUCUCAGGUCGACACCAGCCAGACUGUUCAGAGAGACUUUGUCCAGCUCUCCCAGUCGCUGCAGGUGAAGCUGGAGGUGAUCCGACAGGCCGAGACUCUCGAACAAGUCAAAGAAAUCCUGGAAGACGGAGUCAGUGAAGCUAGCUCCUCUCCUGCAGACGCCUCGUGAGUUAUCGAGUCACACUGGAACCAAAGAGAACAGACCAAGAGAAAACGGCAACAAGAGUGACCAACAAGGACCAACUAAGUAAUCGUGAUCACUGGGAUUAUCACAGCUCGCACUUUCCGAUGGAUUCUCCUACAGAGACAUCACGUUUUUGAUUGUUUCAGAGACGAUGGUGUUGACCAAAGUGAUGUUUGAUGAACCAUGGAAACACUGUAACGUUCACACUCACUCUGUUUAUUCCUCUACUAAUUAUGUAAAUGCAUCUGUAGAUAAAUCUGACACAGUGAAAACACUCCACAGUCCCAACACUUGAUUUUGCACUGUAUCAGUCAUUACUAUGCAAACUAUACGGUCAUUUCCCCGUGCAGACUUUUUCUGUGAAGAAGGACGAGUCACAGUGCAAUAAUGAAGUGAUACAAACUCUCCUAAAUUAACUUCAUCAGGGAGGGUUAUUUUUAUUGUUUUCAUUUAUUUGUCUUUAUUUUAACUCAGUCAUCAAUUAUUCCUGUUCUUACUACAACCAUACCAGCUUUUUGACUGAAAGCAGAUUUAUGAUUGUGGAUGAGAAAAGAAGUAAAAAAUAUCUGAAGAAA